GUAGAGGCUCUUAAACUGCAACAGAGCCCUUGUCAAGAAGCCCAGCCCCAUUGCCCAAAUAUCCCAGCGUGUGCGCGCGCUUCCUGCGAAUGGACUUCGCGGUGAAUGCGCCCCGGCCUUUAUGACGUGCUCCGCUCACGUUUUGAGGAGAACCCCCCAGACUUCAGCUUCACUACUGUAGUCCACACAAAGGACGCGCUCGUGCCUUUAUGACGCGUCGAUCCGGAUUCCAGAAUGACACUGUAGAACGCGUCUCGAUUCGAAUUCUGCUGGAACGCGGCGGUUCGAGAAUCCGCUCUGCGUUGUGAGAGGAAUGGAUACGGGAAUGUGCGUUUCCUGCGGACGGAUAUAAGUUUUGCAUGAUUUAUUACUCGAUCUUCAUUUCUACAUUACGUCAGGGGGGAAUAAACGGACUGAUUAAACGGACGGACGGACGGGGCAGCAAUCGUUUGCUUUCAUUGAGAAGAGGAACACCGAUAUUAUUCGUGCAAACGUCUUCGUGACUGUCCAUUUAAUUCUGUAGCCGUGCUCCCGAAGCCUCUGUUUUCACAAUGCAGUUUAGGACAGUUUUGGAUGUAAAAGUGGUGGAUGUGGAGAAGAGGAGGAAUCCAUCCAAACAUUACGUGAGUUGGCUACCUAUUCACCUUGCGUCCUUCUCGAACCUGAUGCUGAGAUACAGAAAGACGCAUCUGGAUCAUGAUAAAGAACAUUUCUGCAACGUUAUGACCAAAUACGUUUUGAGCUGGUUCUGCGUUGUCCUAUAAAAGUCUGCUUUUUAAAAAAAACAUUUUUUUUUUAUCAUUAGCCGAGAUGAGUUGUUUUAUGUUUAUUGGAGAAUAAUACACAUACAAACUACAGACGUCCGUUUAAGAUUAAAAACAACAACAAAUAAAUAAAUAAAGUACUGAAAAAGAUGACCUCAGAUUAAACACCUGCAUAUGCCUACUCAAUUAUAAUCAUUUGGCAAAUGAAUUUGUGGAUUUAGAUUUCUAUGCAAGAUUCAAAUGAAAUAACAUGUCUGCAAGUAGCCUAAUGUCAAUUGCAUAAUCAGGGCAAUAACAACAGCAUAAUCACAAUUUGUGAAAACGCUACAAUUAUGGUAUAGCCUAUAUUGUUUCUAUGAACAUGGAGAAAAACUAUCCAAUGUUAUGAAGAAUAUUUGUGCAUCUAAUGAUCAAUGGCGUGCGUGUUAUGAUCAUCUGUGGUCAAAAGUUAUUAAACUUUGUCACACCCCCUUUUCGAGCAAUUUAGGCCACAACUUUAGUGACAGAUUCUGGGUUUAGUGGCCCGAAGAAGUGCCCAUAUAUGGCUGGAGUAGAAGCUUAUGUAUUUCCUGCAAAAGAUGGACUCUGCGGUUUCUUUUAAAUAUUUAUGAUACCACUUCUUGAAAGCAUAUAUUAGACCAAAUAGAUUAGCCUACCUAAAGACUAGUUCAACAAAAAUUACAUAGAGUAAAUUUGAAAAUCGGUCCCAAUUCCCCCCAGAGUUCAUCCUAUAGGCUACACAAAGGUCCAAAAGUCCAGUGCAUUUUGUAUUUUUUAUUUUUUUUUCUGAUUGAAUACAGCAUUUUAAUGACUAAUUCCAUCAUUGAUAUCACAAUUUAAGUGCAAAUUUAUUUUUAAAAUUUGUAUGGAUUUGAGAUUUUAUUUGUGUUUUGCAUAUCCCUCCCUUGUGUAACUCCAUAAAUGUGUGUGAAACCCGAUGAUCAUGCAUGAUUUGAGAAUGAUCAUCCAAAGAGCAUCUUGCACUUCAGUGGAAGCAAAUAUAUCUGACCUACUGUACAAAGAGUUCAGAUGGUUAAUGUUACCAGUUGAUAAGUGACCUAUUUCUAGUACAAAAUCUUAGGCCUAAACAUUUAUUCAUUUUUCAUAUUCACAAUACUCAAGCAUAGUUUAUUUCCAGGUAUAAAUUAAGAUUGUGCAUUAUAAACUUGUAAAGUUCAUUCCAGCUUGAGUGCAUGCUGAAACAAAAAGGUGGUACAUAAAAAGAUAGGUUCAACUUUUCACACUGCUUUGCCAUUAAAAAUAGAGAAACCCAGUUUUUUUAGACAGUAGCCAGUCAACCAAGUAUUCUGUCAUUCUAAAUGAUGGUACAUUAUAACAGCCUUGACAUUCAUCAGUAGUUGUGGCUUUUUGUUUUGAACAGCUUGUUUAACAUGGGCCCAUUGUCUCCUAACCACGAGAGCUGCAGAGCUGUUCUCAGGUGUAUCUCAUCAAUGUCACAUACUCUGACUCCACAUCCCACAUCAUCUACAGAAGAUACAGCAAAUUCUUUGACCUUCAGAUGCAGAUUCUCGACAAGUUCCCAAUUGAGGGAGGGCAGAAAGAUCCCAAAAAAAGGAUUAUCCCUUUUCUUCCAGGCAAAAUCCUAUUCCGACGAAGUCAUGUGAGAGACGUGGCCAUGAAGAGACUACGCUUUAUUGACGACUAUUGCAGAGCGCUGGUCCGGCUUCCUCCCCAGAUCUCACAGAGUGAGGAAGUUCUCCGCUUCUUCGAGACCAAACCAGAUGAUAUCAACCCUCCCGUAGAAGAUUAUGGAUCCAAACGCAAGUCAGUUUGGAUGUAUGGCCUUCAGGACAGUCCAACCAAGUCUGAGGCCUCAGGACUGGACAGCAGUGAGCCCAUGGUGCUGGAGCAGUACGUGGUGGUGGCCAACUACGAGCGGCAGGAGAACUCCGAGAUCAGCCUGAAGGCUGGAGAGACGGUGGACGUAAUCGAGAAGAGUGAAAGCGGCUGGUGGUUUGUCAGCACAGUGGAAGAACAAGGCUGGGUUCCUGCCACGUACCUGGACUCUCAGAGCGGCACCAGAGAUGAUCUGGACUUGGGAACAUCUAGAUCUGGAGAAGUUACUAAGAGACGUAAGGCUCAUCUGAAGAGGCUCGACCGGAGAUGGACACUAGGGGGAAUAGUCAACCGCCAACAGAGUCGAGAGGAGAAAUAUGUCACUGUCCAGGCGUAUACCAGUCAGGGAAAGGAUGAGAUCGGGUUCGAGAAAGGAGUAACCGUGGAGGUCAUCCAGAAGAACCUGGAGGGAUGGUGGUACAUCAGGUAUCAGGGUAAAGAGGGCUGGGCCCCAGCCUCAUACCUGAAGAAACUGAAAGAUGACCUUUCCCCAAGGAAGAAGACUCUGACUGGCCCUGUGGAGAUCAUCGGUAACAUAAUGGAGAUCAGUAACCUCCUCAACAAGAAAGCUGUAAGCGAGAAGGAUAUUCAGACUGAUGGAGAGGCCACCAGCCCUGAGCGCCACAUCUCCAAAAGUGAAAUCAGUUUACCUAUCCCAUAUGCCCCAGAGGCUGGAGUGGCACCCACAGUGGUCACUGGUUUAGGAAUGAACUCUGGAUCUAGCGCCGCCCUACAAGAGAACAAGAGCAGGGCAGAGCAGGGGUCACCUGCUAUAGCCCGGGUGGCACCACACAGAGUUGAAAUAGGAUUUGAUGCCAUAGGAUCUCCAAACCUCAGGCAAAAACCUCCUCCUCGAAGAGAUACAAAUCUGGCAUUCCAGUUGCCCAAACCUCCAGAGGCCCCUACUGUGGAAGCGGAGUACUACACCAUAGCAGAGUUUCAAUCCAGUAUCUCAGAUGGCAUCAGCUUCCGUGGAGGACAAAAGGCUGAUGUCAUAGAGAAGAAUUCUAGUGGUUGGUGGUAUGUCCAGAUCGGGGAUAUGGAGGGCUGGGCACCCUGUUCCUUUAUCGAUAAACGCAAGAAGCCCAACCUGAGCAGGCGAACCAGCACACUUACCCGCCCUAAAGUUCCACCCCCUGCUCCACCAGUCAAGAAACAGGACUCAGAGGAAUCACCUUCUCUGGCUGGCUCUGCCUCCAAAGCUCCAGAAUCUCCCACUCAGCGUGUCUAUGAGGAGCCGGAAUAUGAUGUUCCCGCCAUUGGUUUUGACUCCGAUCUGGACAGUAAUCCUCCAAAACAAAAAAUAAACAAUUCCCCAAAACCAGAGCCCCGUAAGUUUGAAAUUAAAAGCAACCCAGCAGCAGCCGAAAGAAUUGCACAAGCUGGCAAAGCAUCGCCUUUACUAAAAGUGAUGACCUCCCCCUUGAGGAAAAGAAACUCGUUGGAGGAUGUCAAUAAGGAGGAGGCGAUUUAUGAAAAUGAAGGCUUUAGGUUCUCCUCCGAUGACUUUGCCAGAGGUUGCGAUUCAGAUACCCCAAGGAGUCUCACACUGGGUCGUAAACCCUUUGGGUCCUCCUCUGGAGGAGGGAAGCCCCUCCGGAAGGUAACGCCGGAUCUAAGCCGGAGUCACUCUCUUGGCCGUGCAGAGAGACACAGCCAUAAGUCAUCUUCAGAUGAAUCAGGACGCAAUCCCAAAAGAGAGCCUGUCAUGCGAAAAGAUGUGGAGAUCCGUGUUGGUCAAAGUCCCUUAGCCAGGCCCAAACCAGUGGUGCGACCCAAACCUCUGCUUACAAAGUCAGAGCCACAAAGUCCCGAAAGAAUGGAUAUCAGCAGCCUACGCCGGCAGCUUCGGCCCACCGGAAGUCUUCGGCAAGGCCCAAUCCGUGCAGUACGUGGCGGUGAAGAUUCUGAGACUGCUUCCGUUGUGUCCUCUGAGGAUUCCAUCUCCUCAAGAAGCACCUCCGAUCUCUCCAGCGUCUAUUCCAAAGGUAGCCGAGGUGGGGAAUCCGACCAUGAAAGUGUGCUCUGCAGGACCACAGAUGCCUACGAACGGGCCCAAGAGUCAGAGGUCAGCUUCCCAGCUGGUGUGGAGGUUGAGGUAUUGGAGAAGCAGGAAAGUGGAUGGUGCUAUGUCCGUUGGGGCGAUGAUGAGGGAUGGGCACCUACUUUCUACUUGGAGCCAGUCAAGCAUACCCAAAACGUUGGUGUACAAGAAUCCCGUGAUGGCCCUCUUGUUGAUCUUGGUAGCACCAACAAGUCCAACAGCCUCGAGAAAAAUGAGCAGCGUGUUCAGGCCCUUAACAACCUAAACCAGCAGAACCUGAGGAGUAUGAGCAACCCUAGCCCACCAAUCCCAUCCAAACCACCGGGGGGUUUUAGCAAACCAACCGCAAUGCUGAACGGUUCAGGCGUACGGAUGAGGAACGGUGUCCGUCAAGCAGCAGUGCGACCGCAGUCAGUGUUUGUAUCUCCACCACAGCCUCUGAAGGACACCAACAUCCACACAGGGUCUUUGAGAAGAAAUGAAUCACUGGGUGCAGGCGACCACUUGAGGUCCACAGGCGGUGUAAGGCGAAACUCCUCCUUCACUGCCGUUCGACCGCAGGCGGUGACUGAUGUACGGGUCAGGUCUGGGACCACCAUUACAGCACCCGCCGGAAGUUCAAGCCCCUUGAUUGCCCAGAGAAACGGAAUUCCAAUCUCUACAGUAAGACCCAAGCCCAUCGAGAAGACGCACCUCAUUCACAACAACCUUCGAGAGGUUUACGUAUCUAUCGCUGACUACCGUGGCGACGAAGAGACCAUGGGUUUCUCGGAGGGCACUAGUCUUGAAGUUCUGGAGAAGAAUCCAAACGGAUGGUGGUACUGCCAGGUUCUCGAUGGCUUGCAGGGACGCAAAGGCUGGGUACCGUCUAACUACCUGGAGAGAAAAAAGUAAUUCCCCAAAAAUGUUUCAAACAUGCACAAUUGUAAUCAAAAUGUAAAAAGACGAACUGACUGAAGGACUUUUGGUUUGAAAAGAGAGGGACAGAGCCUUUUAGAAAGGAGUUUACAUUAAAACUAGAGUAAUGCAGGUGAAUGUUUAGCAAAAUACCUGCCGUAACUUUAUGCCAAAUGGGUGCCUUCGUACAUCUUUCACUGAAUGUUAAGAGGAAUCGGUCAAAUACCAGUGAAGCAACGAAAAUACCAAACUUCAACUUAGUGCCAUAGGCCUACAAGUACAGAAAGCAACAAACUUAUUUUUGUUACAACAAAUACCAGUGAGAAAGAUCAUUUCAGCAUAGGUGCAUAACCAAAAGUGCAAAUCCAAUCUUAAGCACUUGUAAACAAGAAAUUCCUGUUGAAAAAUUUUUGAACAAAAAACCAACGUCAAAUGUUAUCUUAGCAUUGAGUGUGCUCAAAGAAACAAAGCAUAACUUUGAUUGUUGUUUUUUAAAAAACUAUCCUUUUUUAAAAUAGUUUUGUGUUGAUGUUUGUGUUAUAUCUUCCUUAGAGAUGUAUUUCUGCUUUCUUGUAACAUCCUAACAGAUCAAAACAGUUCACCGAGUCACAUCCUGUCCUGAUUAAUUGCAGGUUGUUAUUGUUUAAGUCUCUUUGUCUUUCCCAUUCUUUAAAUAUGCACAGGCCAAAAUGAAUGAAACAUGUUAAAGGAAAAUAGUCUGUGAAAGCUACAUGCAUAGAUCACCUCAUGCCCACUUAAUUAUUGGGUUUAAACCCAAGUUUAGUUUACAAAGUACAUCUGUUUAUAUUAGGAGUAUAGACAGCUUCAGAGGACAGGACUUUAGAUAUUGCUGCUCUGUGUGUGCUAAAUCUGUUCAUUCAAGAAAUCAGGACUGGAAAAUCUUUUGUUUGGUCAGCAUUUUAUCCCAGGGACGUAGUGACAUAACAUUGAGCCCAAAAUGUGAUCACACCAAAGAAGAAUUACAGACACAUUUGCUAGUUUGUUAAUAUUUAUUUUAUGGGUACAAAUAAAUACAGUGUAUUCAGCAAAACCUAAACGAGGUUUCAGAACUGAGAACAAAGUAUAUUUAAUUGUUAUAUCUGGAAGCACUUGAUUUUUUUUUAACCCAAAGAAAAGCACAUUAAUAUGCAAGGAUCAUUUCUACGUUACGAUAUUGCUGGGCAGUAUUGAAUCUGAAGUUAGACAAUAAGCACUACCAUCAUAGUGUUUCAUUCUUGACAAAGAUAUUAAAAUAAAUUCACGAAAUUUAUCUUAGUCCAUAGUCCAAUCUCUAAUUCUCUUCUUUAUAGAUGUCUGAGCUCAGAAUGAUUACUUCCCCCUUAUUCAAUCAGAUAAUAUUCACUAACAGCAUCAAACAAUUGAUGUUCAAGACUGCUGAAAUAUUUUUCUAAUGAAUAGUGUGAGCUCUUAAAUGAGUUUAACACUACUUUUAUUUGAUUUAGUUUUCUGCUGGACAGUAUUUUAGUGUUAAACAGUUAAAACAUUAAUUACCUGCUAGAUUGCAGUUAUAUUCUAUUAAGCAGAAAAUUGUUUAUUUUGUCUUGUUUGUUGGUUGUUGUGUGAUCACACAUGGACAAUAAUGAUGAAUGAAGUCGUUCAUUUGUUGUGAAUCAAUGCAUUUGAGCUUUUUCUUGAAUGCACUGGUUUAAAGAUGCAGUGUACUUCAUCAGCAUAUAAUUUAUUUUUUGUUGUAUUUAUAAUGUUUUAUGUUUUUUAAAAAAUGUUUUUAAUACUGUCUUGAGAAGAUGUCAUUUUAUUGUCAUUUGACACUCUCUCUUAAAACUUGAAAUUCUUGGUAGUUCUGUAGUAAUUGGCUACUGCUAUAUUCUGAGCUUUUUUUUUUUUUCAUACCAAGAUGAUUUUUUUGUCUCUUAUGUAGGCCUCUGUUAAUUAGGCAGAUGAAUAAUGUCUCCUACUGUCCUAAAAUUGGAAGCAGAUUUUUAAAACAAUUCUUGUGAACAUUUUUUCUCAUUAUGUGAACAUGCUUUCACAUAAUUUUUAAGAUCAGAAAUGCAUUUUCAACCAAGCUGAUUGCUGCACCUUUAGCAACUAUGUACACUUCCUUUCUCGUUAUUGAUCCACAUAUAAUGCCAGAUUAUUUAAACAAAAAAUAUUUUUAUUUCAUUAUAACAUCAUCCUAUCACUCCCAGAUUUUUUCUUUUUUUUUAAAUUGACAUUACAAAAAAAAAUCUGAAUAAUAAUCACUCAAUCCUAUUUAAAAGCCAGCAGUAAAAUGGGAACGAUCAAAUGACAACAUUUUAUAAUAAAAACAGCAGGGCUCUCUAGUUAUAUAAUAUAUGCGGAUCCCUAAUUGUGACUGGACCAAAUUUGAUUUGAGUGUUUCGUUUAAAUGUUAUCAUUUAAAAAAAAAAAAAAAAAAAAAAAGCAAUAAUGGGAUUUUAAAGUUGUAAUUUGGGUGAUUUUGUUUUUAACUUUUAAAUUUGAAAAUGAAAAUCAAGCCAUUGCACUCUCAGUUGCAACUCUAUUUUUGACGAUGGCAUUAUAGAAAUGUGUCGAUUCACUACAGCGCAGUGCUUGUGAUGGAUGUUGCUAAGCUCCAUUAACACUUUGCUUUUUCUUCAUUUGCGCCUAUACAAUUUACAAGGGAACUGUUAAGUGUCAAACUAGUUCUUAUAUUACUUGUGUAUCUGCUAGCUUUGUUUUAUGUGUUCUUUAUUUAUUUAAAUUUUAAUGCUUUUUUUUUUCAGGAACAGUAUUGUGUUUUACUGUUUUUUCUUUUUUUUUUUCUUUCUCCUGUUCACUUUUGACAUUACUCAGAUGGAAUGAGGAAAUGUGCAAUACAAAAACAGGCAUCACACCAGUUAAGAACCAUAGCAUUGGAGAAAUCUUUGUUUUUACUUAAAAUUCUGACAAUUUUAUGUCAAAUAAUGCCUGGUUUUGUCCCAUAGUUUUUUGUUUUGUUUUUUUUAAUCCUCCAAGUCAAAAUAUAUCAAUGUGUGUUCAAAUAUGUUAUGCUGAAUGUUAAAAUGCCCUGAUAGAUGGACACCUUCAGUCUGCCAGCCAACCAUGACUUGAUUUCUGCAUUCAUACAUUUUACCUACUGAACUGCAUCUUGCUUUAAGGGGUUUAGUGACCUCACAGAUCCAUGGUGAAUCAGUAUGGAAAAAAAUAGGGAAGCAUGGGCAUAUCUAAUUCUCAGAUAGACAGGCAUUUGACAGAUCAGCCUGUCAAAUUACAAAUUUGAGAUGGUGGGGCAAAUCCAUCAGCAGCUAUAUGAGUGCCGCACCACACACUGCCAACUUCUCUACAUCCGCCCCCUACAUUCCACUGUUACCAUGGCAAACUCUAUCCUAAAUCCCAAUCGACUUGCAUACUGUAUCAUUGACAGAUUUCUUUUUCAUUUUUGUUUAGUCUACUAACAAGUUCAUUUUUAGCUUUAGGUUUAUUCUGAAAAUCCAGGUUUAACUUUCCACACCUUAAAAUAACGUGGGCUGCAUAUAUUUGCUUCUCUUCCUGUCUGAAUUCAUUAUUAUGUGAGCUUACAAUGCCUUUGAAUCGGAAUGCUUUUACUGAGAGUUUGAGAACAGAGAAUUUCACUUUGGUUGAAAAUGAGGAGGGUUAUGAGUGACUGUCUUUGAGUUUCUGGUCAAGAGAAGCUUUUUAUGAGAGUUGAAAUAUCUUCACCUUUCCAUAGUUAAACAGGCCUUCUCGGAUUGCUAUAGUUUUGUUUAAUGCUGCGUUUUCUUUUCUGUUUUCCUUUUGUAUAAUCAUAUUAAGAUUUAUGUUUAUGUGGGAGAAUGUAUGGUAUAUUUACAGGAAUGUCCCAGGUUCUGUGACAUGGUGUUGAAAAUAAUUUCAACCAACCAAUCUCUUGAGAAAAUGUUACUGUUACAGUGAUUUUGUAUGAAUUUGUACAAUGUCAUUAGGACAGAAACAUGCUUUUCAUCAUUCGAACAUCCAUGAAUUUGUAUGAAAUGUACAAUUUUAAGAAAAAAGUUAGCAAGAAGGUCCACCUUCAUGUAUUCUGAAAGUCAGUGAAUUUGUACAACGUGAUUCAUACGGAAACAUACAGUUUGUUAAAAAAAAGUUAGCAUGGAGGUCCUCCCUCAUGAUGAAUCUCCAUCGUUAGGAAUUCAAAGAUCCAUGAAUUUGUAUGUCGUGAUUCAUUCAGAAACACAAUUUUUAGGCAAAUCUUAACAUGAAGGUUCACCUUCGAGAUUCAAGAUCCACCCUUAAACCUAACCGUCAGUGGGGUGUAACCAGAUUAUACGAAAAUGUCCAAAUGAAAUUAUUAUCGUUAUGAAUUGCAAGGAUGUGUUGGUUUUCAAUAUACAACACUUAGUAUUGAACCUGGAACAUCCUUUAAGCUCCUGAAUCGGAAUAGAAGAAUGUAGCUUGACGAAAAUAAGAUUGUGGGUGUAUUUUUCCUUGUUUGGUGUAUUCUGUGGUGGUUUGUGUACGGGAGAUUUAAACGGUGGAAAGUGAAGGUGAACAGAGGGAAUGUUUGUUUAUGAUGUUUGGUUAGAAGAGAAUCCAGUCAGGUAAGGUUAGACAUGAUUAAACCGCUCUAAUGGACUUGAAGAAGUGUUCGCCGUGGAAAGAAAAGCAAGGCUUUUUACGAUAAUUAGCACUUCAGAGAAGCUUCCCGCUAGCAGUAGCUCAUUAUGAUGUCACAGUGGCACUGCAUUGUCAUAACAGCACUAGUGAGGCGCAGUGUUGUAGAAACACACUAGUUAUUUCUGUUGGAAAACUGACUGCAACUUAAUUCAAGCGAGCAGCUUUGUCUCCAAGGCCAUUGUUUCUCAAAACAUGCCUUAGUGCUUGAGUACACAUGCUGAGGUUUAGAAACUUGCAAACAGAUAUCCACCCCAGCUCGCCGCUGCUGCAGACCUCUUUAUAACAAUUAAAAAGUUGCUGACAGAAUGUGUAAAAGAAUAGGACUGCUCGUCUCCAGCUCACCCACCGCGGUGUCAGGAGUACAAGCGCGCUGUGAAAUCACAUUACCCGAGUGCUCGGUUAAUUACAGAUGCUUGAGAAGAGCGGCGUGAAUACAAAUGUCACACUGAUUGUGGAUGUCGAGCUGCCGGGGGCUCGGAUCAGAUGCCGAGAUAGAUUGAUCGUGUCUCUAAUGGCUCACAGCAUGUCGAGAUGUAUUAACAUCAUUAAGAGGAACCAUUUGAGCUUCCUGCGUCAGUGAAAGGCUUGAUUUACUGAGGCGUCUAUAUGUCGUGUCGGUGUACAACAAAAGUUGUAAGAACGUAUGUGAUCGAUUGCAUCGGAUGUCAUUUACAGGGCUUGGAAAACCUGGGAGUUUUAAAAUUGUGAGUUUCAAGCCUGGAAAAGUCACGGGUGAAAACAUAUUUCAUUGGAAGAAUUGCUCGGUUGCUGGAAAAUUCAUGGAAAGUAAUUAACUUUUGAAAUUAAAAGUUACAGCAAGUACCCAGUGACUAUAUUGCUACUCAAACAUUUGAUACAUUUCAUCAAUAAUUUGACUAAUAUUUCAUGCGACCUUACCUGCAUAACAAGGAAGUAGGCCUGUUUUAGGCAUGGAUUGUGGUGGAGAGAGUUGAAUGUGUGCUAGGUGUGAUGUACAAAGUGCUUGAAAGGAGUUUGGUAGGUUUUAUUUAUCUUUUUCUGUGUUCAUCUGCAUUUUUGAUCAGAUGCAUCAGUGUUUGGUGUGAGGCGGCAGGGUGUGUUUAUGUGUUCACUUUGAUGCGAACAAGUGCAGAAAGGGAACAUGCUGCGGCGGUCUAAUCUCUUGCUGUUUUGUGUCCCUGUCUCUGCUCAGCUGUCUGCACUAAUUACCCUUCUUCUCCUCUUAAUUAACAGUCACGAAAAAACAGCACGUGGGGCCAGUAACAUCUUGCUUAAAAUAAUUUUUGAUGAGCGUCACUCUGAAAUGUACAUUUAUUGAGGUUUGCUUUCAUCAUGCACCCACUUAACAGACUGCUUAUAAGAGUUUUUAUUUAUUUAUUUAUUCUUUUUUCUAAAUAUGAUCUUAUACAUGUAUAGCAUGUAUUCUUGGACAGUCUUUAAACUAGUUCAAAAAAGACUCCUCAAGUGAUUUUUCAAACAAAGUUGAAUUCUCAGACAGGAAGUGAAGAUGCCUAGAUGCUCUCAGACAGGAAUGUUCAACUAGAUAUUUGCAAAACCCUCUUGUCGUAAGAUAUAUUAAAAAGUGUGCUCUUGGAUAUAUUGAGAAAAGGCCUUGAAUUGAUAUUAUUCAGCGCUCAGCCAAAUCUACAUUUUGUAUGCAUUUCUUUUAAAGAUCUAAAGGUCAACAGCUUCAGCUUUUAAUUUUCAGCAUUUUUUUUUUUUUUUUACUGUACAUUUUGCUUUUGUACCUUUUUAUGUUUACAUUGUAUCUUGCAUUGUUCUAAAGGAAAACACAAUAAAAUGUAUCCUCC